AUGACAGAUAGAAAUCCUAAAGAAACAUGAAUGUUUGAUACCUUUUAAUAUUAUCAAGUAAAUACAUAUUUAAUUUAUAAAUGUAUAAGCGAAAUCGUCUAUUUAGAAUCCAACCUUCCCCUAUUAGUGUUUUUGUUUCCUAAGGACACUUUAAGAAUGUAACACACUGAAGUCGAGGAGCUGUUUAGCGGUUGAACUUACUGUUUACCUUUGAAUGAGCGGUCAGUUUCUAAAUGGAGCUCCAGGAGAAGAUACCUGUGCCCACAUUUACACACGUAGACAGGGAGGUUUUCAUGCGAGAAAUCUGUCCAGAGCGCAGACCUGCCGUGCUGAAAGGUGUAAAUCUCGGGCCUUGUCUGGAGAAAUGGACGGUUGAAUAUCUCGCACAGAGAGGAGGCGACAAGGAAGUGAAGAUCCAUGUAUCUGCAGUGCCACAGAUGGACUUCCUUCACAAGAACUUUGUUUACAAGACUCUGCAGUUCAAGGAAUUUGUUAAAAGAGCAUCUGAGGAUAAACACACCGACUUUUUCCUGUGUGAGGAUGAGAGCUAUUAUCUCCGAUCCCUGGGAGAGGACGUCCGGAAGGAACCUGCUGAUCUGAGCAAACAGUUCCCUGACCUGGCCGAGGACUUUCAUAUCCCACACUUCUUUGAAGCCGAUCAGUUCUUCUCCAGUGUCUUCCGCAUCAGCUCCCGUGGCCUGCAGCUGUGGACACACUAUGAUGUCAUGGAUAACCUGCUCGCUCAGGUCACUGGGAUGAAGAGAGUGGUCCUCUACAGCCCCCAGGAUGCACUGCACCUCUACUUGUCUGGUGAUAAAUCUGAGGUUCUGGACAUUGACGUGCCAGAUUUGAAGCGGUUUCCCGAGUUUGUGAAGGCUAAGCGGUACGAGUGUGUGCUGGAACCUGGAGAUGUGCUCUUUAUCCCUGCCUUGUGGUUUCAUAAUACCACGGCGCUGCUGUUUGGUGUGGGUGUUAAUGUGUUCUGGCGCCAUCUACCUGCUGACAGCUAUGACAAAAAGGAUCCAUAUGGCAAUAAAGACCCAGCGGCUGCAACUCGAGCCCUUCAGGUUCUUGAGAGGGCACUGCACAUUCUGGACGAACUCCCUGCUGAUUAUAAGGACUUUUACGGGCGCCGCAUGAUUCAGCGAAUCCAAAAGCGGACAUUUUAUGCCGAUACAUCGGUCACAAAGACACAGGAGGACUCUGGUAGUACGUCACCCACCAGGCAAUUCACCAAACCUGGAUGAGUGUCUGUAGAGAAAUGUAGACUGAGGAAAAAAAUAUAUUUAUUAAGUGACAUUUUGCCUUAUGUUUAGGAAACUGUCCUGUAUAGAACUUUUUUUUCAACAAAUGUUAUUUUACUCAGUAUUGUAAAGACUGAAAUAACACCACAGGCAAAUAUUAAAAACAUGUCAAGACAUGUAGGAGCCACACAUUGUUUGCGGGGGAUUAUUUGGGCUUUGAUUUGCUUGGUAUGGUUGCCACGGUGAUGUGGGGUUUGGGUCAUGUGGGCACAGUAGCAGGUUAUAAUUAGGGGCUGAAUCACCUGCACUGGGUGGAGAGAGGAGAGUCAGGUAGCCGUAAUUUUUGUUGACCGCUUUAUGUUCAGCUAUGAUACACAUACGCAAACAGUGCACGUACUACAUCUUACCUGGGUGUGCAUUUCGAAAUAACCGCUGUAGUAGCUGUUGUGUUUAUUAAACAUCCUGAAACUUGCUUACCCAGACUCAGCGUGCUCCUCUGUACCAGCGGCGAACAAACAGGACCCAUCUCCUCUCAAGCGACGUUAAACGGCUGUUAAGUCGCAACAAGACAUGAGAAUGCAAACCUAUUUCUUUAUAUUUAUAUUUAGUACAGUGGGUGGGUUAUUGAUCCAUAAUUCGACAAUAAACAUUCAGUAUAUUGCAAAUCAAGUUCACAGCGUUUUUCUGUCCCACAGGACCAAUCAGUGUGUGAGAGCAGGCAUGUUCUACCACAUCUACUACAGUGAACUACCUGAAAAAAUUAGACUCAAAAUUAGUUUGCAUAAUUAAACAUUUUGACAUCA